GCGCCAUUCAGUUCUGACCACAUUCGUGUCCCUCUUCGGGACACUUCUCACUUGAUAAAGGCGGAAGUGUGAUCUGAGCGUCAGUCGAGCUACUAAUCCAAAGAACGGGACCCACUGAGCGGAGAGGGUGCUCGAGCAAGACGGAGAGUGAGAGUUCUUCUCGGCUGUGUAUUCCGCCUCUCUGUGGGUGCAACUCCCUGCCCACUGCCCACUGCCCACUGCCCAACACCCUAAACUUCCAACUCUCGAUCGAGUGACUGGAGCCCUGUUCCACGUCCGCCAGCACACUCCACUGGAUCCAUACAUGUGCCCGUAGCACGUCCUCCUCCUCCCACCCUCCUUCCCACCCUUCCUCUAAUUGUUUCGUCUGUUCGUCGUUGAGGUUGGUGUGGGCGAGGCCCAGGCGAGUGUUCCCCCGUGCGAGGAUGAUGACGAUGAUGAUGACCCGAUUGUGCUCGUUGCUUUAGCCUUGACAAGGAACCGCUGGAAACGGUCUUUGCUCGAAUCCUCGCUUUCAUCUCUCGCCUCAAGGUCGUCGUCGUUGUCGCCGUCGUAGUGGGUUGUUUCUUGUUCUUUGUGGUCUUCGUUGUCGUCGUCUUCCUCGUCGUCGUCCUCGUCGUCGUCCUCGCUCUGGUUGUGUGUGGGGAAGAAGGGUGAGGCCAAUUUGGUCGACGUGGAGGAAGAGCCCGAGCUUUACAUGCCUUUGGCCUGGCCAUUGAUGAGGAGCUCCUUCAGCUACAGAACCUCCUCCUGAGCCCAAGACUGAUCCAAGUGGAUUGGCGGCCUUCGCCUUGCGGCCAAGGGGAGGGAGGAUAACAUAGUCUCCGGUCGGUGGUGUGCAGGAAAGAGAGGAAGGGGAGGGAGAAGAAGAAAGCGAGGCCACCGUCGACUUUCGAUCAAGUUGGGCCAUGGACGGCAGGAGCGGCGGCCACUGAUCCUUGGUGCCCUCGUCCACGACGACAGUUGUCUUGAUUGGCCUCGCUCGAGCUACAAGCCGUCCUCGUCCGUUGCAUCAAUUUGAAGGCCUUGUGGAAUUGGCUCAAGUAGUAGUGGUAGUAGCAUUACUCAGCAGCGAUCGGAGAAGUAGAACCCCACCAGCCUCUCCAAUUUUUGAGAUUCGUCUUCUUUUUCCUCUUGUUCAUCCUCAUCUCCCCCCAGACGAACACCACCAACACCAACACGGCACCACCAGUUCGCUCGUUCGCUCGUUCCUUCGUUCGCUCGCUCGUUCGCUCGUCUACAUGCUCACUAGUGCCGAGGCGAAAUAGAGGGACGAGAACAAGAGGGACUUGGGAUCAUCAUUUUCAUCAUCCUCAUCCUCGCUGAUCGAGGCCAAAGAACGACGAGUAGAAUUAGGACGGGGGAAUCAAUUUUGAGUCUGGGAAGACCAAACUAAGGAAGGAACGUGUUGGUGGAUCAAACCAUGCUCGGGGUGCCCCAAAGCUAACGAGCCAUGGCAGCCGUCCGGUGGUGUGGCAUACCAUUGCAAAGCAACACCACGGUUCAUUCGGGGUGAAGUCCUCCCACCCUCAGGGCAUAACGAGCUCUAUCCCGUGUGCCUGUGUGUUUUCAUGUGUGUGCGUGUGUAUUUGUGGGUUCGAAAGACGGCCGUCCAGCAUUCAUCCAACUUUCGGGUUGGUCAUCUUGACGCGUUCAUAACAACUCUGAAGCCAAUAUGCAUUGCUUCCUUUGAGUGAGGUCAACUUGUGCCAGGCCUUUGGCUUUGGUCCCAAAGGCGGUCAUUUUCCUCCGAUUCUACCUCCUCCGUCACAACGGGCACCUCCCAGCGCCGCAAUUCCACCACCCACCCACCACAACCAAGGGCACCCGUGGGUCCGGAGGGGCGUGGUGUUGCGGGCUCCCCCAAUCGGGUCCGCCGGCGAGGGUCGGUCGGAUUCUUUGGCCGUUUGCCCUCACUGGUGGUCGCCGUGGAAGGCUCGUCGACCCCGAGAGCAUUCAAUCGAUCUUCGUCGUUGAAUAGUUCCCUGUCCUCUUGGUUGUUAUCCCCAUACCAGGAACCGACUUGUCGUGGCCAAUGCCCGGUAUACGGCGAAGGCGGAGCCGUUGGAAGUAUGUCUAGUUGGGGGGAGCGGAUGGCUUCUGUGGUAUCAGCAUGUGGGCCGAGGCUCUCGGCCACCCACCCGGGAAUCCCCUAUCAUCGCCGACUAGAAAAGGUCAAAUUUGGUGUGCCAUUGGAACAAGUAUGUAAGAAGGACAUUCCUGGACCCUUACUGGUCAUGCUCCUCAAAUUGAACAAGGAGGGACCGUGCAAAAAGGAUGUCUUCCGAGCUCCCGGACAUCAAGGCAGCAUGAGGAAACUCAUUCAUUUCCUGCAACAAGGCAGGCUCGUUAACAUCCACAGUUUCUCGGUGAAUACAAUUGCCUCUGUUCUCAAGAAGUUCCUUCGGAAGAUCCCUGGCGGAAUCUUCGGCCCCGAAAAUGAGGCUGAGCUGUUCAGUAUCGUCAAAUUGGAGAGUAAAGAGGAGAAAUUAGCCCAAGUGCAAAGGGUGUUUCUCUCGCUCCCCAUCUACUCUCAACAUCUCCUAGUUCUUUUAUUUGGAACAUUUCGCGUGAUUCAUAGUAAUUCCGAGCAAGCCCAAACCGGGAUGACAGCCGAGGCUUUGGGAGUGUCUGUGGCACCCUCGUUUUUCCAAACCUGCGUCCUAACCGGCAAACACGCUAAGAUGGAAGAUGUCGAAAGAUUCAAGCUGGCCACCAAAGUCACCACGUUCUUCAUCGAGCAUUUCGGCGUCCGUGAUUUAUACGGACGCGAAAACUAUGAAUACUACGCCAAAUUGACUGGUCGCAUUCUACGGGUCGAAGACGAGCUCAUCUUCUUCACUUACCCAUCCAUAGCAUUUGGCCCGGGGACCCGUGACGAUAUGGAUGCCAGUUUAGAUUGCAUAGGCGCGAGUGAUGACAUCCGCCAUCAGCCCGCGGCUUUAGAAAAGACGGGCUCGCUCGAAAUCAUUCCCGAGAAUUGCACUCUCGACCCGCAGGGACGACUCUCGAUCUCACUUGAUGACCAAAACGUGUCAUCGCCCUCGUCCUGUGGGUCCCCCUCGGUUUUGGGAGGGAUUCCCGAGGCCAGUUCGUCUUCAGGAUUUCGGAGUCACACCCUCGGCCGUCCGAGUCUUCGCUACAAUCAAACGCCCACAUCUGCCUUACAACAAUCCCAACAAAGUGAAACGCUUCCAAGACGACCCGGUCGGGGGUUGGAUAGCAGGUCCCAUAUUACCCAGUGCCUACCACAGGUCCACGAAAUCCAGACUGAGCGGAUGAAACAUCGUUCGGAAUGGUUUCUAUCCGAUGCGAGUGGUCUAGUAACAGUCAAAUGCGGGCUCCGUUCCCACCCUCUUGGGUCAAGUCGACCCUCCACUCUUCUGCCCGUUGUCUCCACAAGUGCCAGAGCAGCAGCUGGUCGCGAGCUCACUUCCAAAGAAUCUGCCACGCCCCUUCCCCCUAUUGACUCAUCCUUGAUUUUGGCCCAUUCCCCUGCCCCAUCUUCGAAUGCGCCGAGUGGUAUCUGUGAUACUUCCAAGCUCUUGUCCUCCAUUACGCCCAUAGUUCCACACUCAUCCCAAGUUUCCAAAGUUCUCACUGCUGCCCCCACGACCAGCUCCCCGUCUGUGUCACUCAAUAUUCAAGGCAUUCUCGCCACACCCUCGAGUGCUCCUCCCAUCCAAUCCACGCCACUCUCUCAAGCCACUGUUGGUUUACGAAGGGGUCUCUCUGAUAAGGAUAAGGAACGUCGGCUCGUUCGACGGUCGUCUUCAAAAAAGAAAGACAAAGAAAACGGGGGUAGUGCGGUUGGCGGGGGAGCAUGUGCCACAUCUAUAUCCGGAAGUAGCGGGAACAUUGGAACGCCGGAAAAGCAAGUGGGUUCGUCUUUAGCCCUGCAUUCGUCCUCGGAGAGUAGUGGGACACCGUCCUCAACCACGGGAUCUGGUCACCAUAUCGUGAUCGGCUAUGAAAGUAGUGUGAGCGGUCGACCUCCUUUAAAACGCACGGGCUCUGUGGACGGUCAGGCAGGAUCCUCGAGUCCAUCACUUGGUGCUCAUCACCACCAUGCCAUGCUUUGUCGUACGGGAUCGCAAGACACGCCUCACCAAGCACCCCCUUCCACUCCCCCCUCAUCCGUUGCUGCCACUCAACCAUUACGAUCCACGACGGGAUCCGAGUCUCCACUGACCCGAUCUUUACCCAGGAUAUGACAGCCAAGAGAUCAAAGUCCUGGAAACCGUGUUCCUUUCCCUUGUCCUCCUUGGCCUUCCUCCAUCUCCUCCUUUCCCACAUGUUCCGCCUCCUCAGCUCCUCCUCCCAACCAACACGUCUUGAGAAAUCUACACUUGUCUUCAAUCGAAAUGAUCGUAAACCAAAGCGCUUGACCUUUAUAUGCCUUCAAGAUACAAGUAUUGUACUACAUCAACUACUACAGCAACCGCAACCACAACAACCACAGCAACCAACUACAACAUCUACUAUUAUUAUUAUUACUACUGCUAUCACGAUUACUUCUAAAACAGCAACAGCAACCACCUCUACAACCACAGGCAGUUGCUGAUCCUGGAUACUUCUCCCACAAUUGUUAAUCACUGACCCAACAUCUUUUCAUACUCUAUCAAGCCCACCAUAGACGAUCUUGGACAGUACGUAAAUUACCACAAAAUCCCAACAAUAGCAAUCCAGAAUCGGCAUUGACAUCUUUCCUCCUCACCCCUCCUCUUCCUCUUUCUUUUUCUUGGUUCGCCUGGACCUCAUCCGAGUCAUCGCUUUGUUUUACUCACCGCGAGUGUUCUAUUACGAUUAGAGUGUGUAUCUUCAAUUCGCCAAACGCACCCAUGCCUGGCAUCUAAAAAUGUGUUUCCUCCACCCUCCUCAACCGAACAGCAUUCUUGGUAUCUCUUUUUCUUAAGGCAAAAUCGAUCUCCCGGAAACGAGGUACCUCUUUCCAUUUUGUGUACAAAAAUUGGCCGUUUUCGUAUAGGAAGUAAAAUAUUCGCCCCCGUCCAUAUUGUGACGCUCCGAACUGUAACCGAGGGAGGUUCUCGUUUGUGCAUUUGCAUCCUUUGUAACCCUCGUUGUGUUCGACCCCCCACCCCGCCUCCCCCAACUCUCUCCCACAUGGCAUCCAUAUUCAACUACUCACUAGUCCCUGCCUCUCGCCCCUCAAAACGCCCCCUUUCUCGUUCUUUUGAUGUAUCCUCCCUCAUCUCCAAGUACAAAUUGAAAGCCAACUCCGUAAAGCCGUAAUUCUUCAGUGGCUUUCGUCGUGGUCGCCGUCGUUGUUCCCCCGGUUCCUCCUCCUCCUCCUCCUUCUCCUUAUUCUCCUCGUCUUAACAAUUUUAUAUACUGAAUAUCCGGGACUUUCCAGAUCUAGUCCAAGGAAACAAUCGAUUCAGGCAAAGUCAUUUGCUAUACCAAAGCAGACCUUCAAUGAAAUAUCUAGACACGUUUUAUGUUAUUUUCAUAAUGAUCAUCCUUAUUUCUACGAUUCUUAAUACGACUGCAAAAUCAAUCCUCGUUAUUACACAUCCCUUAAGUUUCAUUCCCACCCUGCUCGCUUGUUUGAUCAAUCGCGUUUCAUGUACUACGUAAAAAAAACGAUUCAAUGAAAUCCAACUCAGUCGGUUUCUAUUUAUUCUAGAAGUGAAAGUUCCAAUUGUCUUCCCCCACUCCCAACCACCCCCAUCCUCAACCCCAGCCCUUAAAUCUAUCUACCCACCCACAAUUUUGCCAUUUGUCUAAAUCUCUCGAACUUGAUCUUCACGUUUUACUUCAACGUCAUCAUUUCUCACCCUAUUAUUAUUAUCAUGAUAGUCAUCAUUCUUAUUAUCCUCGCACUGAUUGCUACCACUGUCGCCAUGGUUUUCCUUCAAAAUCACCUUUGUACAGACUUUCGAACAAGUUUUUUGAACCAAGCAUUUGUAAGAAAUUCCAAUCAUUCCAAAUUAGUGCAUAAGUGAACAAGGAAGGACAAGAAUCGCCUCUCAGCCAAGCCAACAACCAAAUAAUCGCCAUGGACUAUGUCCAUGUUUGCACACACACAUACACACUCAGACUGACAGACGCCAACCAACCAACCAAUCUAUCAAUCAAUUGAUUGUCUUGAAAUGGGUGGUGAACUUGAUGUGUUCGUCGUUGAAUCAAAUUCCCGAGUUUUUUCAUACCUUUGCUAAAUUAUUGAACACAAUUAUUAAAAUAAAAAUAAACAUUCUUAUGUGAAACUCA